AAUUAAACACGAUGGAACUUUUUAUAAAGCAGAAGUCAAACCGACGAGAAGCCAUGUGAGCAAUGAGACUAAUGUGCCGUGCUACACCGCUGAUUCCACGUUGUUCAAACUUUUGCAUCGUGAUGGCGCUGCACUUGUGAUCGUUAGCUGCUUCAUCAUCGUGUCGGUGGGUAGAUGAUGAUGAGGUUGAAUGUGGCCGCCGGCAGGGAUCGUGCACAAACAUUUAACGUAGCAGCUAAUGUUAGUCAACGGCUCCCGUGAAGUUUAAGCAGAGAUGAGACAGUUAAUAAGUUACGUUAGAAGUAAAGAGUUUCAUAAUCGACCAUUUGUAUUUAUUGAAGUGAAGUUAGCAGACAGUUAAGCUAAAGAUGAGCUAAUGCUGAGUGGGUUCUGUACCAUGAACAUCCCUGGUCACGUUAGCUGUCAUGCUACAUUCAGCUCAGCACAUCCCAAAUCAGCCACAUCUAUAUCCUCAUUAUUAUCAAACAUCAUAAUUAUUAUUAUUAGCUUUAUCCAUUGUAGGCUUAUGUAUAUUGAUUUAACUCUAAGUAACUUGACGUUAAACUCAAAUGAUAAAGCAGAGUGAAUAUUUUAUUGUGAGCCUGUUAAUGAAGUGGUCAAUUCUAGCUCGAGCUUGACAUGUAAAUAUUAAAUCAUUGUACUUUCAUCAGACAGUUUUUUCCAUUUAUUUUAAUACUCCUGAUAUACAACCUGUGUCUCCUUAUCGUCUGCAACCUCUGUAGGAAGCCCAGAAUAAUAAUAUUGAACUACUUUAGUACUGUCGGCAUGUGUUGCUCCAGUAUAGAUGUGAUGCCUUGUUGAGUGUGGUAGGUUUAAAACCGGUUUGAACCUUCGGGGGACCAGGAUGGAGGUAUCAAGGAGAAGAGCUUUCCAAAAGCAUCUGGAACCUGCGAGACCCCUGCGUCGCUGCUACACCAUCGACAUCGAGCCCAACAGAAAUGCUGCUACAUGUGCUCAGGCGCUGAUGAAGGAAGUGGAUCCACCGACAAACAUAGGCAUAGAGCAGUUCCUCCAGAUAGUCAACCUCCAAAAACCGAAACAAGGCAGAAUAUCUUACACAAGAGACUUUUUAAUUGCGUUGGCGAGUUCUCCUCAUUCCAGGGAGAAACCACAGUUCUUGCCAGAGCACCCCAUAGUCUUAACUGAGGCAAGAGAGCCCGGCAACCUGAGGCUUCAUGAACUGAGAUGGGCCCGUGGAAAAGAGGAAAUGGCUGCAGAAAGGCUUCUCUCACCUUAAAGACUUUGCGCAGGCGUUUUCCCCCAAAGAGUGUUUCUGUAUUUACUUGUUGAACGUUAUUUAACUCUUUAUUUAACUUGUGAAAUUUUGCAUUGCAUGUUUAUUAUUUAACUAUUUGAGAUGAAGUGUUAAUACUAAACCCCACUUUAUUUGCUUAAGUACGAGAAUUGCAUUUUUGCUUACAUUUUCUGCUGUGCGUGUUUUUGACAAAGUAUUAACAUUGUGUAAAAAUGUUCUAAAUAUAUUAAUGGAUGCUUUUCAAGAAACAAUGGGACAAGUCUGCCACUACAAUGGAAUCAUAAAAAAAAAGUGAAAUGAUCAAAAUGAUGUUUUUCAUCAGCAUUGUGAUUUAACAUGUCUUACUAAACAUGUUAAUUUCUUCUUCUCUCAUAAAAGACGGUUUGACUCAACA